CGGUGUCCCGGUGUUUCGUCUGCAGGUGUAGUAGCAGGCUCAAUGUGUGGCACAUUUCUGCGGUACGUACCCAAUCUGGACCCCAACAUGCUAAUGCUGAUCUCCUUCCCCGGAGACAUCCUGAUGAGGAUGCUGAAGAUGCUCAUCCUUCCUCUCAUCAUAUCCAGUCUCAUCACAGGUUUGGCGGGUUUGGAUGCUCGCUCCAGUGGCAGGAUGGGCACCAGGGCCAUGGUCUACUACAUGUCCACUACUAUCAUCGCUGCUAUCCUGGGGGUCAUCCUGGUCAUAAGCAUUCACCCCGGCAACCCUAAGCUCAGGAAUGAGCCCCAGACGACAGGCUCCCAAGCCCCCAAGAACCCGGAGGUCAGCAGUCUGGAUGCCUUCCUGGACCUCAUCCGCAACCUGUUCCCCGAGAACCUGGUGCAGGCGUGCUUCCAGCAGGUCCAGACAGUGCUGAAGAAGGUCGCUGUCCCAGUCCAAAAUCAAACAGAACCUCUCUACGUCAACAGGAAAAAACUUGAGUUCAAAUGGGGAAUGAAUGUGCUAGGUUUGAUUGGGUUCUUCAUCACCUUUGGAUUAUAUAUGGGGAAAAUGGGAGAGAGGGGGAAGCUCAUGGCGGAGUUCUUCAACAUCCUGAACGAGAUCAUCAUGAACAUGGUGUCCAUGAUCAUGUGGUACUCCCCUGUGGGCAUUGCCUCCCUCAUCUGUGGAAAGAUUGCUGCUAUUGGAGACUUGGAGGUGGUCGCUAGGCAGCUGGGCAUGUACAUGGUAACGGUCAUGGUAGGCCUUACCAUCCAUGGCGGCAUCAUUUUGCCAAUGAUCUUCUUUGCGGUGACCAGGAAAAGCCCAAUCCAGUUUUACUCAGGAAUUUUCCAGGCAUGGAUAACAGCCUUAGGAACUGCAAGCAGUGCUGGGACAUUGCCAGUCACAUUCCGAUGCCUGGAAGAGAACCUGAAGAUUGACAAGCGUGUGACCCGCUUUGUGCUACCCAUCGGUGCCACCAUAAACAUGGAUGGCACUGCUCUCUAUGAGGCUGUGGCGGCCAUCUUCAUUGCCCAGAUGAAUGGCAUUGAACUGGACGGAGGGCAGAUUGUCACAGUGAGUAUGACAGCAACAUUGGCCAGUGUCGGAGCAGCUAGCAUACCCAGUGCUGGCCUUGUGACCAUGCUGCUGAUCCUGACUGCGGUUGGCCUCCCCACCCAAGAUAUCAGCCUUCUCAUCGCUGUGGACUGGCUACUGGACCGCAUGAGGACCUCCAUCAAUGUGGUAGGAGACUCCUUCGGUGCUGGCAUUGUGGACUUCCUGUCUCGGGCCGAGCUAGCGGAAAUCGACGGAGAAGACGCCGCAGCUCGUGAGGGCGAAGAGGAAGAGGCGGAAUUCAUUCCACCCCCGCCUCUCCUGACCGAGAUGGACCUGAUGGACCUGAAGCCCCCGGAGCUGCCACCGCGUUCACCUCGUCCACCCAAGCUGAACCACACCCCACACUCGCUGGCCCAGUCCCAUUCCAUAACGCACUCUCCUCUGUCGGUGCGUUCGCCCUCUCCGCGCUCUGUGCGCUCGCCAUCGCCACGCUCCAUCCGCUCACCGUCGCCGCGCUCGGCCCAGUCCCACUCGCCCAGGCCUUUCCGCACGCACUCUCCACGUCUGCUGAGGCGCACUGAGCCCGGGUACACCGCCUUGCCCACUCAUGAAAACCAGAUUCCUUCCUUCCCCCGCGCCCACAGAGAGCGGGAGCGAGACCGAGAGAGGGAACGACUGCGGGGAAGAGAGAGGGAGCGAGAGAGGGAGCGAGAGAGCGAGACAGAGGAGGACGAGGAAAGAGAGCGAGCGCUGGAUGAAGGCAGUGAUGGGGGGGAAAGUGACGACACUGCUUACGACCGGAGACACACCAUCCCCCCAUCUGACCUACCAUGAGUCCGCCCAACCCCCAGACCAUCGUUGAUGGCAGCGUCACAACACUUACAGCAUCUCCCCACACUUAUUUCACCCCUCCACCACUCCCAAGUGGUGGUCUUUUCAGGUAGAUAAUUGGACUGGGCAGAAACUAUUUCAGUGGACGCCCGUUUUAUUUGUGCUUUAUGAGGGCAACUGGAGUGUGUUUAUGAUCAUUUUUGACAAAUUGCAAAGGUAGCCUAGUGACAGUUGCCGUGGAGUCUGCUGUAUUGAACCAUUUUGUUUCCUCAAUUACCCCUUUUAUUGUUUUAAUUGGAGGCCUCCAAAUUGCACUCUUCCAUGCAGUCUUAUCUAAUCAGAACUGGUUGGAACAACUCCCUGGGCCCCAAAACAACAACACCCAGAGGCCAGGUGCAUCAAUCAGGUUAUGCAUUUCACUCACUUCGAAGCACAAAGUUGGGAGCAUGCCAUUCCACACCAUAACCUGUUUGUAGUAUGCCGACUCGAGCAUGAUUGAGUGUGAUUGAUAGUGCUUGUUUACUCCAUAAUUGGUAUGAGAAAAGAGGAGUGUUCAGGUUCAGGUUACUGAUCUAUAAUCUAUGUGAAUCUCAAGCAACAGUCACUCAUUUUAUCUUCGCUCAGUAUCCUCAAUUGCUUCCUUAUCAGUCCCUGUCUUACCCUUUACCACUGCAGAAAGGUUUAAUGGUUUGUUGUCAUUGCACUGCCCCCAUGAAAAAUGGAAUUUAUUGACUGAAUCUCAGUCUUUCUCGUUAAGUCACAGAAAGGUUAUUGUUAAUAUUGUUAUUAUUUAUGUAUUUAAAACGAUGAAUUCUAAUUUCUUUGUUGUCUGGUAUGCGUGGUGUUAGCUGUUUAACUUCUCUCUCACAUGCACAACAGUCAGCUCUUGUUUUUUGACUGAUGUACUAAUCUAUUUUGUUGUUUCAUUACUCUUAUUUUACUUGUAUGUAUGUAUUUAUUUACAACUGUAUAAAUAUGCUCAUUUGUCUUCUGUCUGUCACUCCGAAAUGCCUUUCAUUUCAAGUGGAAAAUUAUAGACAGCUAUCCCCCAAAUCCCUCUGUCAAAAUCCAAAUCUACAGCUUCAGCUUGUGUGUAAACUGAAUGCAAUAAAAUCUUAGAGAUUUAUUUGAGUUUA